AUGUUGGUCGAAAGCUUCAAGGUUGCUAGCCCAGAUGUUGUUUACGGUGACGAGUACAUCACCUCGAAAUAUUCGUACCAGACUACGGACCUAGAUUGUGCUGUUAGGGAUGGGAAGUUCGACUGGACAGUUAAGCCAGUCAGCAAGCAGUAUGAAUUCAGGACGCAGACCAAAGUCCCAAAGUUAGGCGUUAUGCUUGUAGGCUGGGGAGGCAAUAACGGUUCCACAUUGACAGCUGGAGUCAUCGCCAACAGAGAAGGGAUUUCCUGGCUGACCAAGGAUGGGAUUCAAGUUGCUAACUACUUCGGUUCGGUCACCCAGGCGUCAACCUGCCGUGUCGGCUCGUACAAGGGCGAGGAGAUCUACGUCCCCUUUAAGAGCCUCCUCCCCAUGGUUGAUCCAAAUGAGGUUGUUUUUGGCGGCUGGGACAUUUCGAGCAUGAACCUGGCUGACGCCAUGGUCAGAGCGAAGGUUCUGGACAUCGAUCUGCAGAAGCAACUCUACAGCCACAUGAAGGACAUGACACCCCUGCCUGGGAUCUACGACCCGGAUUUCAUUGCCUCGAAUCAGGAGGCUCGCGCUAACAAUGUCAUCAAGGGUACAAAGAAGGAGCAGAUGCAGCAGAUUAUUCAGGAUAUCAGGAAGUUCAAGGAGACGAGCGGCGUGGACUCCGUCGUCGUUCUCUGGACAGCCAACACGGAGCGCUACAGCGACGUGCUCACCGGCCUCAACGACACAAAAGAGAACCUCUUUAACGCGAUCGACCGCAACGAGAGCGAGAUUUCCCCGUCCACGCUGUACGCCGCCGCGUGCAUCCACGAGAAGGUUCCGUUCAUCAACGGCAGCCCGCAGAACACGUUCGUUCCGGGGCUGAUCGAAUACGCGCUGGAGAACAACAGCCUGAUUGGCGGAGACGAUUUCAAAUCCGGGCAGACGAAGAUGAAGUCUGUUCUCGUGGACUUCCUCGUUAGCGCAGGAAUUAAGCCCAUGUCGAUAGUGAGUUACAACCACCUGGGCAACAACGACGGUAUGAACCUGUCAGCGCCGCAGACGUUCCGGUCGAAGGAAAUCUCCAAGAGCAACGUGGUGGACGACAUGGUGGCCUCCAAUUCCAUCAUUUAUGACAAGGGCCAGCACCCAGACCACGUCGUUGUCAUCAAGUAUGUGCCAUAUGUGGGGGACAGCAAGAGGGCCAUGGACGAGUACACAUCAGAGAUCUUCAUGGGCGGCAGGAACACCAUUGUGAUGCACAACACGUGCGAGGACUCGCUGCUCGCCGCACCGCUCAUCCUCGACCUCGUGCUGCUGGCAGAGCUCUUCACUCGCAUCCAGCUGCGCAGGGAAGAGGAGGAGGAGUUCCACUCGUUCCAUCCGGUCGCGUCGCUGCUCAGCUACCUCUCCAAAGCGCCGCUGGUCCCCUCUGGCACACCUGUCGUGAAUGCAUUGGCCAAGCAACGAGGGAUGCUUGAGAAUGUUCUCCGGGCGUGUGUGGGCCUUGCACCAGAGAACAAUAUGCUUCUAGAAUACAAGUAG